GGCCCCGGCACAGCCGUGCAUUGAAUGCCCCAUGCGUCAAGGCGAGCGCAAUGUACUACCAACACCUCGCCGAAUCAAUAAUUCCCCCGCUUGUGUCUCCUUCCCAACUGCCCCAUGGUGUCCCUGUUCGUCACCCGCUCAUCUCCUAUCUCCCCCUGUUGCUAUUUUAUCUGAGAAAGAACCAAGAAGCCUUUCACUCUCUCUCUCGCUCUCUGAAACCCAGGAAGAACAGAGAUAUUUAGGCAAAACUAAGGCAAUUUUGAUCGUUCAGAGGUGAAAGGGAAAUGGGUAUCUUUUCUUUGAUUACAGGAUUGCCCGGUCCCAGUGGGUUUGGAUCGGCUUCCACUGCUGAACAGGUUACGGAUGGGGUGGAUGCAAGCAACCUCACUGCUAUUGUCACAGGAGGGGCAAGUGGGAUUGGCUUGGAGACGGCUAGAGUGCUGGCUCUUAGGAAAGCCCAUGUCAUCAUUGCUGCAAGGAACAUGGAUGCUGCAGAUGAAGCAAGAAAGCUCAUUCUCAAAGAAAAUGAAGCCGCUCGCGUCGAUGUUCUAAAACUUGAUCUUUGCUCAGUGAAGUCUGUUAGGGCAUUUGUUGAUAACUUCAAUGCUCUCGAUCUUCCACUUAACAUCUUGAUAAACAAUGCUGGUGUUAUGUUCUGCCCCUACCAGCUUUCAGAAGAUGGAAUAGAGAUGCAAUUUGCAACAAAUCAUCUAGGUCAUUUCCUCUUAACAAACCUUCUCCUUGAUAAAAUGAAGAACACAGCCAGAAAUACGGGCAUUGAGGGUAGGAUUGUGAACUUGACAUCAAUAGCUCACCUCCACACUUAUGAAGAAGGGAUACGGUUCGAAAAGAUCAAUGACAAAAUUAGCUAUUCUGACAAGAAGGCCUAUGGACAAUCCAAGUUGGCAAACAUAUUACAUGCGAACGAGCUCUCUCGCCACUUGCAGGCAGAAGGUGCAAACAUUACGGUUAACUCGGUCCAUCCUGGGUUAAUAAUGACAAAUCUCAUGAGACAUUCUUUUUUCCUGAUGAGAAUUGUGCAGGUAUUUACAUAUAUAUUCUGGAAGAAUGUACCCCAGGGCGCAGCCACUACAUGUUUCGCCGCACUGCACCCGAGUUUGAAAGGGGUAACUGGAAAGUACUUCCUAGAUUGCAAUGAGAUGGCUCCAAGUGUGCAUGCCAGAAAUGAAGCAUUGGCAAAGAAGCUGUGGGAGUUCAGCCAGAAGUUGGUCCGCUCGCCUCAAAACGCAACAAAUUGAAUGCUCUGUUUCCAUGGACUUCUGACCUCUGGCCUGCAUGGGAAGUCGCCUCAUUAUAUAUAUAGAAUGAAAUACUACCUUACAUGGCAUGCAGCAAAUCUUACGUUUUUACAAUUACCAAUACUUAAGCUGUAACUUGGACAAUAUACGUGUUUUUUUAGAAGAAUGUGCUGUAAGAGUUGAAAAGGUAAGUGCUCUCUCUCAAUCUUCACGGUGGUUACAUUUGUUCAAAUCUCCAUAGUCAAUGAAUUUUGUUAAUAAAAAAAAAAAAUAGAAGCAAAACUCUUCAAUAUUGCAGUUAAUUUGUAGAGGGCAAUCCUCUAGUAUUGUACAACUGUUGUUUAAAAUUAUGGAGCUCUAUGCCCCUCAUAAUAUAUCUCUCUCUCUCUCAGUUAUGGAAA